CACCAUGACGGAAAAUCUCCCGGUUCAUUUCAUAGUCACUUUCUUCAUAAACCGGUUAAAAUCCAGCAUAAACAAAUCCAAGCCAUGGAUUACCCUACACCCGCAACCAAACAACCUUGUACACGAUCCCGAAUCUUUAACCUUAGCCUCCUCCGAUUACGGGAAUAUGGUCAAAGAAAUCCCCGCUGCGGUUCUUCAACCAACCUCCAUAAACGACGUCGUUCACCUAAUAAAUUAUUCCUACAACAACCCUAUCCCAUUUCCGGUAGCCGCCAGAGGACAAGGCCACUCCGUACGCGGCCAAGCCAUGGCCAAAAACGGCGUCGUAAUCGACAUGUCGUAUUUGCGGCGGAAUCGGGAAACCCCUGGAAUUAUAAUCUCCCGCCUCCGCUCCACCGGGGAGAUUUACGCCGACGUCGGCGGAGAGCAGCUGUGGAUUGACGUGUUGAAUGCGGCGUUGGCGUAUGGGGUGACGCCGGUGUCGUGGACGGAUUAUUUGUACAUCACGGUGGGGGGGACGUUAUCAAAUGGCGGGAUUAGCGGGCAGAGUUUCCGGUACGGGCCGCAAGUGAGCAAUGUGGUGGAGAUGGAUGUCGUCACAGGUAAGGGGAAUAUGGUGACUUGCUCUGCUAAAAAGAAUUCUGAGCUAUUCCAUGCGGUCCUUGGAGGUUUAGGUCAAUUUGGGAUUAUUGCUCGGGCAAGAAUAGCUUUGGAACCAGCUCCAAAGAGGGUUAAAUGGGUACGAAUGUUGUACACUAAUUUUUCCGCGUUUGCCAAAGACCAAGAGCGUUUGAUCUCAUUCAAUGAAAGAAAACAAGCGAAUGCGCUGGAUUAUUUGGAGGGUUUGGUUCUGCUGCAUCAUGACUCACCGGAUACUUGGCGUUCCUCGUUCUUUCCACCGUCUGAUCAUCCUAGAGUAAUCUCUUUGGCUAAUCAAAACUCCCUUAUUUAUUGCCUCGAGGUUGCCAAAUAUUAUGAUCAUCAUACUCAGUCUACUAUAGACAAGGAUCUUGAAGUAUUAUUCGAAGGGUUGGAUUAUGAGAGCGGGUUCAAGUUUGAGAAAGAUGUAACGUACGUGAAAUUUCUAAAUAGGGUUAGAAGUGGAGAGCUGAAGCUUCAAUCCCAGGGACUAUGGAACGUUCCUCAUCCAUGGCUAAAUCUCUUUGUCCCGAAAUCUCGUAUCUUGGAUUUUGAUGCAGGUGUCUUCAAAGACAUAGUUUUACGACGAAAUAUAACCAAAGGACCUGUACUCAUCUACCCAAUGAACCACUCCAAGUGGGACAGUAGAAAUUCGACGGUUAUACCCAACGAAGAGGUGUUUUACACGAUAGGAUUUUUGCAUUCAAGUGGGUUUGAUGACUGGAAAUCGUUUGACCGACAAAACGAUGAGAUAUUAGAAUUUUGUGAGAAAAGUGGAAUUGAAAUCAAACAAUAUCUUCCGAAUCACAAGACACAAAGACAAUGGAUCGACCAUUUUGGUUCCAAAUGGACAAAUUUUCGAGACAUGAAAAUGAAGUUCGACCCUAAAUAUAUUCUCUCUCCCGGACAGAGAAUUUUCAAUGUCUGAUGUUAUGUUUUUCCCCUUGCAGUGUAAGAAAACAAAUACUAUAUAUAUAGGUAGGAGGCAGUAAUUAGCUUUUUAACUAAUA